AUGAAGUUCUCACAUUCACUGCAGUUUAAUGCAGUACCUGAUUGGAUUGAUUAUUAUGUUGCUUAUGAUCAAUUAAAGAAGCUGAUUUUUCAAAUUGAAAAAGAAAAGGUGGAUGCUCUUAAUAAUUCUAUUGAUCCUGAAAAGCAAGUCUCCUCCAUCACAGUUGGACAAGACAAGUUCUUGGCUCAACUUGAUUUACAGCUCGAAAAGGUUUUUGAUUUCUACACUCAAAGAGAAGCUGAGCUUUAUGAUCGUCUUGAUGAGCUCGAUAACACAUUAAGAGAGUGCUUACCCCAUCAAAAUCUCUAUCAUGACGACCAACAUCAAUAUCCCAAGCACAACACACCUCUGGAAAAUCUCGAUUCUACAUUUGAUUUGUCUCAAACAAAAGAAGUUGUUAAAGAAAUGCCUCGCAAAAUGUCUUUUGAAUCUCGCAUGUCUACUCACUCCAAUGAUGCUCACCAUACCAACUAUGUUGAACAACUUGUUGACCUUCGAAGCCAACUCAUCUCCCUCUAUGUCUCUUUGUCCGAACUUGAUUCUUAUGUAGAAUUGAAUCGUAUGGCCUUUGAAAAGAUCUUGAAGAAGCACGACAAAGUUCUCGAUGGUGACUUAAGACAACAAUACUUGAAGAAAAUGGUGCUUGACUCCAGACCUUUUAUGCCUCAAACAAUCGAAGCUCUUCGUGCUCAAAUUGAGCGUGUUGAACGUAUUUACGCCGACGCUUUCUGCAAUGGUCAUGUCUCUCUUGCUGUUCGUCAAAUGAAGACACAUUUACGUGACCAAGUCACUUAUGAUCGUAACACUGUUUGGAAAGACAUGGUUGGUCAAGAACGUAAGACUUUGGAUGCUCAUGUCAAAGAAAGCAAGCCAGAAAAAUGCUACACAAUUCCCUGUACUCAAUUUAAGAUUCGUGCUGAACUCUUACACAGCAUCUUGGCUUUACUCUUUUCCGUCGCCGUAUUUGUUGUCUUGCUGAAUGUAAACACAUUUGGUAACAAACAAGAAAACUACUGCUUUGCUCUUCUCAUCUUUGCUGCUUUGAUGUGGGCUACUGAAGCCAUCCCUCUCUAUGCUACUUCUCUUAUGAUUCCCUUCUUAAUUGUCCCUCUUGGCAUUUUGCGCAACGCUGAUGGUACACCUAUGGCUGCUAAGGCUGCUUCUUCUCAAGUAUUCCAUUCUAUGUUUAGUGGUACUAUCAUGAUGCUUCUUGGUGGUUUUGCUCUUGCUGCUGCCCUCUCCAAGUACGGCAUCGCCAAGGCAUUUGCUUCUCAUGUUCUCUCUCGUGCAGGUACUCGUCCUCGCUGGGUUCUUUUAUCUAUCAUGUCAGUUGCUACCUUCUUGUGUAUGUGGAUCUCUAAUGUAGCCACACCAGUUCUCUGUUUCUCUUUGAUUAAUCCUAUUCUACGUACAUUGCCUGAUGGUUCACCUGUAGCACCCUGUCUUUUAUUGGGUAUUGCUUUGGCCAGUUGUAUUGGUGGUAUGACCUCACCCAUCUCGUCACCUCAAAAUAUUGUUACACUUCAAUACAUGUCUCCUAACCCAGGUUGGGGUAUUUGGUUUGGUGUUGCUCUCCCUGUUUCUAUUAUCAGUGUCUUUGUUUGCUGGGGCUUCCUCUUGCUUUUCUAUAGACCUGAUCGUGCUGUUCCUCACUUGAACAGAGUCAAGCCUACUCGUGAUAAGGUCAACAUGAGCCAAGUCUUUGUCAUGCUUGUUACUAUCUUGACCAUUGCUCUCUGGUGCGCUGAAUCCUCUAUUGAAUAUGCUAUUGGUGAUACCGGUAUUAUUGCAGCUAUUCCUCUCUUUGUCUUUUUCGGUACUGGUAUUCUUGGUAAAGAUGAUCUGAAUGCUUUCCUUUGGUCUGUUGUUGUCUUAGCCCAAGGUGGUAUGACACUCGGUAAUGCAGUGACUUCCUCGGGUUUAUUAGAAGAUAUUGCUCUUCGUAUCAAGGACGGCAUUCAAGACCUUCAGCCUAUUGCCAUUCUUGCCAUUUUUGCCUUUUUGAUCUUGGUCUUCUCUACCUUUGUAUCUCAUACUGUUGCUGCCUUGAUCAUUGUCCCUAUUGUUCAACAAGUAGGUCAAAACUUGCCUGUUCCCCACCCUAAUUUGCUGGUGAUGGGCGCUGGUUUGGCUUGUUCUGCAGGUAUGGGUCUUCCUGUCUCUGGUUACCCCAAUAUGUCAGCUAUCAUGAUGGAAGAUCAAACGGGUAAACCUUACUUGAAGACCAAGGAUUUCUUGAUUAUUGGUGUACCCACCAGUGUGAUUGUCACUUUGCUUAUUUUCACCCUUGGUUAUGGUAUCAUGGUUGGUGUUGGCUACUAA